AUGCUGAUCCUCGUCGUUGGCGCCACUGGAAAUCUAGGACAACUCCUCGCCCAAGCCGCCCUAGACCGUGGUCAUCGUGUUCGAGCUCUCGGCCGCUCUCCUGACAAGCUAUCAGCCUCACUCGCCACACAGCUCGAAUCGUUCGUUCGCAGCGAGAAUUACUAUGAUAUCCCCGCGCUUGAUCGCGCCUGCCACUCUGUUGAUGCCAUAAUAGUCGCAUACCAAGGUAUUCCUACCCUUCAACUUGAAGGCCAACUACUCCUACUACGCAGCGCCGAAAGGGCUGGUGUGAAACGAUUCGUCAGCACAAGCUGGAACUAUGACUGGCGAAACACGAGCUUAGGGCAGCAAGAUAGCUACGAUGCGUAUAUAUCAUUCCGGCGGCAUGUAGAGCUCUCUUCGAGCAUCAAGCCGAUAUACAUCUUCACAGGUGUGCUCGCUGAGGUUCUGUUCUCUGUGGACGGGCAUGGGGAUUUCUCGCCGAGGAAUCAUGGCGUGUGGGAUCCCGUGGCGAAGAGCAUUGCGAUGUAUGGGACUGGCGAGGAGACAUGGCCAGACUUCGGCACAUACAAUCCGAAUCCAUGCAAGCUCAAUCUGCUCAAAUAUUCUAAUAGAGAAUACAAGCUCAAUCUACGCCUCAAAAAUGAUUGCCAAGACAGUACAAUCUUAAUCCGAUUAGCCCUCGGAUUGUAUCCGAUUGUAUAUGCCGAAGUCUGGACAUGGCAUUGGACGACGGAGAGCGAUGCCGCGGAGUUGACGCUUGAGAUUCUGGGAACGGAGGGUGUUGAAGAGGGUGGGUUCUGGACGGUGUAUUCCGGAGAACAUACACUGCCGCAGAUCGCGACUAUCUACGAACAAGUCCGAGGUACAAAGGUCACCAUUGACCGCUUGGGCAGUGUGGAGGAUUUGAGACGUACUGCGCUUGAAGCAAGAGCUGCUGGGAAUCCACAGAACUAUUGGGAGUACAUUGGAUACCUAUAUCAGCUGUACACUUUGGAUCGGACGUGGACGUUAGGAAAUGCCGACUACGAAAAGAUUCCGAAUUUCAAGCCAACAACUUUGGAGGAUUCCUUGGUCGUAACCCGAAAGUAUAACGGACUAACUUCAGUUGAGUUCUUCCAUGUGCAAGAAUCUCUCUUGACCCGCAUUCCGUGA